GUAAAUCUCUUUUAAAACAUAUAGUCACAACUAAAUAAAGCGUCUGCUACGGUAGCAAGAAUACCACAACGUUAUUUUCGUUGGGAGGGUAGAAAUUUAGUAAAUCCAAGAUGGCAGCGUCCUUGUUCAGAAAACUAGCAGGGACGCUUGCAUCAAGUUAUGUUAGACCAAGCAUCCAAACCGUCUCAACAUGUCAGCUUCAGAAAUGUUUUAACAGAAGCCCUGGAUGUAUAUCUUUACCAGCACAGAGAGGUCUUACACAUUGGACACACCAAGCACAGCCAAAACUAUCAACUUCAAAAUCAGGUUCACUUCUUCAAACUUGUCAGCCAUUUGUGAAAAGUGUAAGGACAGCUGUUAGAUUCAGUAUCAGACGUGCUGCUCCAAAAACUGUCAAGUCAGUCCCGGGAAGGUUCUUUCGCCUACCCUGGGGAAUUUAUAUCCGGCCAAGAGCGGGUAGAAAGAAAAAACUUUGGAAAAAGCCAGAGUGGAUGAUAGAGAGGGGAAAAUAUCAUGUGUUUACUAACAAACAACAGUCGCGACUUUUGGACAAAAUGACAACUGGUUAUUGGAAGAAAAGGCGAUAUUAUGUUAAUGAUCCAUAUGCACCUUAUAUGAAACGGACAAAUAUGGGAUACACCCCACCAAAAUUCUUACCCUGAUUAUAGUUUAUAAAAAGGGGCUAAGAUAAACAAUGUAUAUGUUUAUGCAUGUACAUUGUAUAAUAACAUUGAUGUUAAUACGCUUAUGCAUGACUGUAUUAAUAUAUGUUCUCAUAUGGACUAAUAUUUGAGAAUUGUUGAUAAAAAUUUUUUGAUUUUAUUCAAUAGUGUUAUUAUGUAAGGUAUUAUUGGAACACUUUGUUUACUUGUAAAGAUAAACCUUAUUUGCCAGCAAAGAUUUAACUAAGAUAGGAACACUAUUUGAAUAGAGGUUUUAGCUAUUUUCUUUCAAUAAAGAUUAGCAGUGUUGUAGGUAAUUAUGAUUAAAGAAUAGAUAUUAUUCGAGUGGCUGAUAUGUGAGAGUCAAUAAAGAAAUAAACAAGUUUAAAUAUGUUUUAUUGGAUAAUAACUGUGUUAGUGUUGUUCACUUUUAUAACAUGUUGAGGUAACGCCAUUUAUGUUGAGGUAAUGCCAUUUGGAAGUUGAUUGAGUAACCUUUACUAAUCAAAAAAGAAAAUAAGCAAUAAUCAGUGAGA